ACACAGCCUGCACAGCUAGAAGAAAGAGUACCGGACGUCGUCCGUAUCGACAGUGUGUGUGACAGUGGUCAGGACAGAGUGUCGAACCAUACGCUAAAAUGUCACGCAGGGCGAUCAAGGCGAUCAAUUGGUCGGCGCUCGCCGAAAAAAUUCCAGAAACGGAAAAAGCUGCAUUCGCCGCUUUUAAAGCUAAAUCUGAUCAACACUUGCGACGAAUGAACGUAAAUCCAGAAGCUCCUCCAAAAAUCGAUUGGGCACACUAUAAGCAAAAUGUUCCAAUACUUGGAUUAGUUGAUAAGUUUCAAAAGGAAUACGAAUCUUUUAAAGUGCCGUAUCCAGUGGAUAGAUAUACUUCUGAAGUUGAGGCUGAAGAAAAGGAAGUGCAUGUUAAAAUCGAGGAAUUUAUCAAUGCAUCAAAUCAACGCAUCGCUGCUGCCAACAAGGAAAUUGAUAGAGUAAAGAAUUUGUUGCCAUUCUCUGAGAUGACGAUGGAAGAUUUCCGAGACGCCUAUCCAGAAUUAGCUAUAAACCCUGAUAAACCAACAGUUUGGCCGCACACACCUGACGUACAGCCAGAAAAUGAGAAAGGACGACCUGAGCCUCAUUAAUACUCUCUGUGUAAUGCGUUCAGAAUAUGAAACAUAGUCGUGAUUUAUUUUUAGCGUACGAUUCUGGAUCUUGCGUGCUAAAUUGAAAAAAAUUGUCCUUUCUUUCCAUUAUUCAAAAUAAAUUCAUCCAUAGAAAGAGAGAGAGAGAGAUAUAUUAUCCUUUUGUAACACGAGAUUGCACAAAAGGAAUAGAAAUAAACUUUAAUAAAUCAA